AUGAAUCGGACACCCUCCCAGAUCCCUGACUUUCCGACCAGAGUUGUCCCUGCCUGUGGGACACUCACAGACAGCAACAGAGAUGGCCAGGGAGGGAGGGGGUCCAGGCAGGGAGGGGGGCCAGGCAGGGAGAGAGGGCCAAGGGCCAGACAGAAGACUCCAUCUCUCAGCCAGAGAGGCAGAGACCACCCUCUGGGGAAAGUGCAGCAGACCGCACCAUCCUGGCCAGGUUGGGAGGAGAGGGGUCGGGGCGGGAAGGGGCCUUCCUCCUGGCUCUCCAUUCCCCUCGCCUCCACUCUCCCUCCUUCCCUCCCCUCUGCCCUUAGAUGUCAGCCUCACAGGGUGACCUUGGGCCAGCUCCAGGCGGUAUUACUGCCCUCAGGGAGCCAGCCUGCGCCCACAGGAGACUCCUGUCCCCUCAGGCUACUUCCUCCUUCCCUUGCUCUCUCUCCCUGCUUCUGUCCCCACAUCCCCACCCCCAGCAGGUGCCCCACGUCCCCCACUCCAAGCCCUGGCGAUGUCGGAGAUCUAAGCAGAAUUCUGGAAGGGACUCUGAGCCCCCUCUGUCACAGGCAGACUUCACUGCAGGAGGAAGGCCCCUCCUCGACCGCCUUCUCCACCCCUGGGGCUCAGACAAGUAAAGAAAAGAGAGCCCAGGAGAGGGGACGGGGACAGGAAGCCUGGGCAGGAGGCCUAGGGAGGAGGGCUGGGCAGGACGGCUGGGCAAGAGAACCGAGCAGGGGGCUUUGCACGUCAAAUCAAGACAUUUCCCCCAAGGGCCCAGCCUGCCUGCAUUACAGCCUCCGAGCCCUGGGAGAUUUGGCCCCUGCUCACCUCUCCAGCUUAGGCUGGUCCCCGCCCCACUCCCACUCCCCUCCCCGACCUCUCCACCUUUCCUCACUUGUGUCUCCAGCCCGGCGAGCUGCUUUCCUCACCUGGCACUUCGUCUACCCAACCUCCAAACAGCACAGUGGUCUCGGAUGCUUUCUGGGUCUCCUCAUUUUCUCUGGAGGGGGAGGUCCCAGAGAUUUCUGACACACUGGAUUAAAGAGGAGCUUCAGUGAAGGCAUAGGAGAGAGUGUCCCUGGGGUGCAGGGACACCAGGGUAUGGGGAGCCCACUCAAGGAUUAAACACGGCACACCACAGAGCCUGGGAGAGAGAGGACAUCCAUCUCUCUGUCCCUGUUCUCCUGCUAAGACUUUCUGUGCACGCUCCCAUCUGGCCCAGAGGGAGGGAUGAUGGAACCACUUGGGACAGGGCAGAGAUGCCACACCACCACUGCCAACCAGCCUGGCCCCACCGCUAAGUGCCAGCCACUGGGAAUGGAAGAGACGGUGCUUCCAUGCAUCAUACCAAAGGCACACGAUGGCCUGCCUCUGGCUGAGGGCAGGGGAGCAGAACUGCGCCCACGGAGGCCCCUUGUCAGGGUGAUAUGGGAGCAGGAGAGGCUGAAUGACAAAUCAGUGUCACACCUACUUCACUCUGUGUACAAAACUUAACUCAAAAUGGAGCAGUGGCCUAAAUAAGAGCUUAAAAGAUGGAAAAAUAAUCCAGUCAAGAAAUGGACAGAAGACAUGCACAGACAUUUCUCUGAAGAAGACAUACAAAUGGCCAAGAAACACAUGAAAAAAUGCUCCAUGACCUGGAGUCACUGAGGUCAACACUAAAGUAAGUGAUGCUUCUGGAAA